AUGGCAGACACGAAAAUCGCUGAAAAUGGUGAGGUUGAGAAGAAUGCUGAGCCGGAAAUUUCCAGUUUUCCCAAGAGGAUGCUGAAAUCUGAUCGUCAAGCCUUUGGGUGGCGAGUCCUUCCACUUCUUCACCUGGACGACCCCGUGGAAUUUGUGACGUCACUCAGAAAAAUGGACAUGAGAGAUGAUGACGUCAUAAUAGCGGCUUUUCCCAAGAGCGGCACCCAUUGGAUGUGGGAAGUCACAAAGAUGUUGCGAAAAGGCAUAGCCUCGUACGAAGACCGCUCCAAAGAAACCGUAAUGCUGGAGUUUUCCAAGAGGGACGUCAUCGAAAAGGAAGCCUCUCCCCGCACUCUCAACUCUCACCUUCCCAUGUGUCACCUUCCUCAACAGGUCAAAGAGAAAAAAAUCAAGAUUCUGCAUCUGGUUCGUAACCCGAAAGAUGUCAUCGUGUCCUACUACUACCAUUUGUUACAAAUGGGGAAAUUUACAAUGUCUGAGCUACUGGAACUUUACCUCACCAACGGUAUGAUGAUGGCCCACCAGUUUGACUUCUUGCGUCAAAUGCAGCAAUACCAGAAAGACAACCCGGAGGUUCCUGUCAUGACGAUAUACUAUGAGGACAUGAAGGAGAAUCCCGUCCAAAUAGCUCAGGAGCUGGCAAAGUUUCUCGGACACGACGUCACAGAAAAAUUCUGUAAAGAAGUCGUGGAGGCUUGCAGUUUCUCCAAGAUGAAGGAGGCAGACCCACAGAAGAAAGAGCCAAAACAUGAGAACACGGGCUGGAAAGGACCUCCACUAAAGGUGUACAGAAAAGGUCAAAUUGGCGACUGGAAGAACCAUUUGACGGUGGCUCAGAAUGAGAUGAUUGAUGACUUCAUUGCCCGGGAGUCUGAAGGAAUCGAGUUCCAGUUUAAAUACAUUUGA